UUCACCCCCCAGUCAUUGAGAACCCCAGUUACCCAGUCAGACGCUCAGUUGCUUCAACCCACUGUACUUUACCAUAAGAACAGGUUACCCGAUACCUUGAUCGUAACAUUUUGAUUGCUCCUGUUCAGUACUUUGCCUUGAAGCAUACCGAGCAGUAUCCGACAACAUGUCUUCCCAGACGUCCAAGAACAACACUCCCAGCACCCCGGCUACAAGCAGCAAGGCGGCCCAGAAAGCCCCUGCUCGGCCCAAGGACGAUAGCGACAGUGAGGACGAGGAAGACCAGCUCCGCAGGCAGGUUGCUAGGACCAACCAGGAGCUCCACGAACAGACGCUCCGCGCAACCCAACUCCAAGAGGAACUCCAGGCUCUUCGAGCCAGUGCUAACGUUACCUCAACCCCUCUUGAUGGGCGCGAGAGACUCAAGCUUAACCCCCCAGCCACAUUCGAUGGCACACCUGGACAACUUAAAGGGUACCUCGUACAGGUACGCACUUACCAAGCAUUCCAUCUGGAAACUUUCCGCAGUGAAACAGAAAAGGUGGUACACGCGGCCACUUUCCUCCGAGGACGAGCCUUGUCUUGGUUCGAGCCUCUGUUGCAGGAAUGGCUUGAUGUACCCCCCGAAGAACGACGCCAAGAAGUCACCGACAUUUUCUCAACCUUCGCAGGGUAUGAACGCACCCUCCGUUCCUUAUUCCAGGAACCCGAUGAGAAACGACAGACCGAACGAGACUUGGCCAACCUACGACAAACCAAGUCAGCCUCCGCUUAUGCAGCCGAAUUCAGAAGGCUAGCAACAAGGCUGGACAUGACCGAAGAAACCAAGAUCCUCCAGUUUUACCAGGGACUGAAGUCAGAAGUAAAAGACGAGGUAUCCAAGCUCGACCGACCCGAGGAUUUCCUCGAGUACGUCGAACUUGCCAUCAAACUCGACAACCGGAUUUACGAACGCCGACAGGAAAAACAAGGCGGACAGCGAGUGUUCGUCACCUCAACUCGACAAGCCAACACGGGACGCAAGUACCAACACCCCCAACCCACAUACCACAGAAACAAUGGUGGAUGGCAGCAGCCCCGUCACAUGGCACCCCAGACCUACAGUACAGCUUAUGGUACCCACAGUGGACCCAUGGACCUCAGUGCCACACAACACAAGAAGCCCCGUAAAGACCCCAAGAGUGGCAAGUGUUUCAAGUGCGACAAGACAGGGCACAUCGCCAGAAACUGCCCAAGAAACCAGGAAGAUAUCCCUGAUUUUAGGGGCAAGACCGAAAAACCACGAGGACUUAAUGCCACCAAUCACCAGCAACUACGGCCUGACCAACACAGCACGAUGAGCUGGACCACCUGCUACGAUGACAAUUGCAUGGUACACAACAGCUCCAAAAACGACGCAGGAUGGUACCCACAGAAGCCCCGAGGCACUCGAACCCUAGCAGUAGGAAACCGAGUACCCCUAGGGACAGGACAACCAACGAAGUUACACCGACAAGAGACCCAACUACCCGAACUCACGGACUCGGAUACCUCCGGAGAAUCGGAUGAGGAACCUUUGGGACAAACCCACCACAUCAGGACAACCAAUCAAUCCUCAACACAAGAAUCAAGCGAGGAUUCCGAGGAAGAGUCCAGCGAGGAAGAGACCAUGCCCUCGAGCCAGUACAACGCAGCAAGGGAAAACAACCCCUACAUAUACGAAAAGAAGCAUAUCGACUUAUACCGAGACGACCAAUCAGACCAGUCAAUGCAACUUUUGGAGACCACCCGACCUUGGACACCAAACACCCUCAACACGCAGAGAUCUUUUGGGCAGAAUGCUUCCGAGACAACUGUGGACUCCACUUAA